AUAAUAAAUUAUGAUAAUUUUGUAUAAUAUUUAAACAUAGAUCGUCCUCUUUGCCUCGUCUCCGCCCCACCAAAACCCCUCAUAGCUGUCCUAAAAUCCCCCUUUCCUCUCUGCUCAAAACCCCAAGCGUUCAAUUCAAAAUUCCGUUGCAGAAUCAGAACCUCUGUCUCCAUUUCAAUGGCGGCGAGUGCCUCGUGGCAGCCAAAGGAAGAAGGGUUCGCGGAGAUCUGCGGGUUGCUGGAGCAGCAGAUUUCCCAUUCGUCUUCUUCCGCUGACAAGUCUCAGAUUUGGCAGCAACUUCAACACUACUCUCAGUUCCCUGAUUUCAAUAACUACCUCGCUUUCAUUCUCGCACGUGCCGAGGGUAAAUCAGUGGAGAUACGACAAGCUGCGGGAUUGCUUUUGAAGAAUAACCUUAGAAAUGCAUAUAAACCCAUGGCUCCAGCAUACCAGCAAUAUAUUAAAUCCGAAUUGUUGCCUUGCUUAGGAGCAGCAGACAGACACAUCAGGUCUACAGUUGGCACCAUUAUAAGUGUUGUUGUUCAACUAGGGGGAAUUUUGGGGUGGCCUGAACUAUUGCAAGCUCUUGUAAAUUGUUUAGAUAGUAAUGACCUAAAUCACAUGGAAGGUGCUAUGGACGCAUUAUCCAAGAUUUGUGAGGAUAUACCUCAACUGCUUGAUUCAGAUGUACCCGGUUUGCCUGAACGUCCCAUCAACAUAUUCCUUCCAAGGUUACUGAAGUUUUUCGAGUCACCACAUUCAUCGCUAAGAAAGCUUUCCCUGGGUUCUGUAAAUCAAUACAUUAUGUUGAUGCCAGGUGCUCUAUAUGCAUCCAUGGAUCAAUAUCUUCAAGGUUUAUUUGUCCUUGCUAAUGACCCUUCUUCUGAAGUGAGGAAAUUAGUUAGUGCAGCAUUUGUUCAGCUAAUUGAAGUCCGUCCAUCAUUCUUGGAGCCACAUUUGAGGAAUGUGAUUGAAUACAUGUUGCGAGUCAACAAGGACACCGAUGAAGAAGUGGCUCUUGAAGCCUGCGAAUUCUGGUCUGCAUAUUGUGAUGCUCAGUUACCACCUGAGAAUUUAAGAGAAUUUUUGCCACGUCUAAUUCCGGUUUUGUUGUCAAACAUGGUUUAUGCUGAUGAUGAUGAGUCCCUCAUUGAUGCUGAGGAGGAUGGGUCGGUUCCAGACCGUGAUCAGGAUAUCAAACCUCGGUUUCAUUCAUCACGGGCUCAUGGAUCUGAAAGUGUGGAAGAUGAUGAUGAUGAUAUUGUCAAUGUAUGGAAUUUACGCAAAUGCAGUGCAGCAGCUCUCGAUAUCCUGUCAAAUGUGUUUGGGGAUGAGAUUCUCCCAACGCUGAUGCUCUUUGUUCAGACCAAGUUGGCCACCAGUGAGGAUGAAACCUGGAAAGAAAGGGAAGCUGCUGUUUUGGCACUUGGUGCCAUAGCUGAAGGUUGCAUUAGUGGUCUUUAUCCUCAUUUGACUGAGAUUGUUGCAUUUCUAAUCCCUCUUUUAGACGAUAAGUUUCCACUUAUACGGAGUAUUUCUUGUUGGACUCUUUCUCGUUUCAGCAAGUUCAUUGUUCAGGGUGUCGAACAUCAAGUAGGUUAUGAGCAAUUUGACAAGGUUCUUGUGGGUCUAUUAAGAAGAAUAUUAGAUAAUAACAAGCGGGUACAAGAGGCUGCUUGCUCUGCUUUUGCGACACUUGAAGAGGAGGCAGCGGAAGAGUUGGCACCACGCUUGGAAAUGAUUUUACAACACCUUAUGUGUGCUUUUGGGAAAUAUCAGAGGCGGAAUCUCAGGAUUGUAUAUGAUGCUAUAGGAACUCUAGCAGAUGCUGUUGGUGGGGAGUUGAAUAAGCCUGCAUAUCUUGAAAUUCUGAUGCCACCAUUAAUUGCAAAGUGGCAACAACUUUCAAAUUCAGAUAAAGAUCUCUUUCCAUUGCUAGAGUGCUUUACUUCUAUAUCACAGGCUUUGGGUGCCGGAUUCUCUCAAUUUGCUGAGCCUGUAUUUCAGAGGUGCAUAAGCAUCAUCCAGUCCCAACUACUCGCGAAGGCUGAUCCUGUUUCUUCCGGGGUGCCAUAUGAUAAAGAAUUUAUUGUAUGCUCUCUUGAUCUGCUCUCUGGACUUGCUGAAGGUCUUGGCAGCGGGAUAGAGAGCUUGGUUUCACAGAGCAAUUUGAGGGACCUGCUUUUGCAAUGUUGCACGGAUGAUGCUCCAGAUGUCCGACAGAGUGGCUUUGCAUUACUUGGGGAUCUUGCAAGAGUAUGCGCAGUUCAUUUGCGACCUCGUUUGCCAGAAUUUAUUGAUGUGGCAGCCAAGCAACUGAAUACUCCUAAGCUGAAGGAAACUGUUUCAGUUGCAAAUAAUGCUUGUUGGGCCAUUGGAGAGUUAGCAGUGAAGGUUCGUCAAGAAAUUUCUCCAAUUGUUUUGACGGUUAUCUCUUGCUUAGUCCCCAUCCUUCAACACGCAGAGGAGCUCAACAACAAGUCACUAAUUGAAAACAGUGCUAUCACACUUGGGAGGCUUGCGUGGGUCUGUCCAGAGCUUGUGGCUCCGCAUAUGGAGCAUUUUAUGCAAUCUUGGUGCAUUGCUUUGUCAAUGAUACGUGAUGAUUUUGAAAAGGAGGAUGCCUUCCGAGGUCUCUGUGCUUUGGUUAGAGCCAAUCCAUCUGGAGCAUUGAGUUCGCUCAUUUUUCUGUGCAACGCUAUUGCAAGUUGGCAUGAAAUAAGGAGUGAAGAGCUUCAUAAUGAAGUUUGCCAGGUGUUGCAUGGUUAUAAGCAGAUGCUUGUGAAUGGAGCAUGGGACCAGUGUAUGUCUGCUUUGGAGCCACCAGUGAAGGACAAGCUGUCAAAAUACAGAGUGUAAUAUUGUACCCAUAGCUGAUUUAUUGUACCUGCUAGUUCUCUCUCCUCUAUGUGCUCAUACAUAUUUGCGUCUACACUAUUUCCAUUGCGUUGUGGUCAUGAGUUUUACAAGCAAAGUCCAAAUUUUUGGUCCCUAAUUUUUAAGCGGAAGCUUUGUUGUCGACUCAAACGAAGCUUGAAGUUAGCUUUCAACUGGUCCAUAAAGUGCAUGACCUGACAAAUGAAGCAGCGUAGGCUUGGGACAAGAGUGGUGUACAGGGGUGCAGCUUCCCAAGCUUUGAGGGUGUGUUCGUUCUUGUUGUCUUGUAUUUAGAGAAAGGCAAGAAGUAUCUCGUUCAAGUCUUGGAUCAAUUGAUUUUUUAUGUUAGAUUUAGAGUUUUGCAUUAUUCAACAAUUCCAGUGAUUAGGGUUUGUACCUGUGAUUUUCACAGAUUUUGUACAAGGGAGGUUUUGGCAUUUAGUUAUAAGAAUUUUCCUUUGUUUCGUAUAUGGUUCAAAAUCUGUAAACCUUUUAUUUGGGGACGGAGCAAAGUUACUCUUGCUGUGCUAAGCAGCUGUGGUAUUUGAAACCUUGUGUCUCACGAAUUGAUUGAAA